AUGAAGACUUUUGUUACCGUCGCAGGCCUCGCAGGCCUCGCAGCAGCCGCUCCAUUCCCGGCUGGCUUUCCGGCCCCUACUGCAGGCGGAGCACCACCAUGUCCAUUAGGCAGUGGCGUUCCAACUGCUCCAUUCCCAACAGGCAGUGGCUUGCCUUUCCCCGCGCCUACUGGAGGUCUUCCGACAGGCCCCUUCGGAAACGUGACCUUCCCGGCAUCAGGUAAGACCACCACCCUUGGAGUAAAGGCACGAACGUGGCAUUGACAUGUCUCGACCAGGCUCCGCUCCUCCUCCAGGAACCGCACCUCCCUCGUCCAUUGUAACAGAAGCCCCUCUCGCCAAACGCCACUUCGGCGCCGCAGGCCCCAUGGCCUGGCCCAGCUUCUCCUUCGCCCCAGAAACGACCGGCGGAUUUGACACGGGCUCCGGUUCCGGUUUCGGCGCCGGUGGCUCAGGUUUCGGAGGCUCCAGCUUUUCCUUCCCAUCUGAGAGCACGACAGCUUUCGGGUUUGGCAAACGUCAAUUCCCCAGCUUCUCCAUGCCUGCCAUCCCAAGCGCCUCCGGACCAGCUGUACCUAGCUUCUCCUUCCCAUCGGAGAGCAUGACGGCCUUCGGUUUUGGCAAACGUCAAUUCCCCAGCUUCUCCAUUCCUGCCAUCCCAAGCGCCUCCGGACCAGCUGUACCUAGCUUCUCCUUCCCAUCCGAGAGCAUGACGGCCUUUGGUUUCGGCAAGCGUCAACUCCCCAGCUUUUCCGUGCCUGCCAUCCCAAGCGCCUCCGGAGCAGCUGUGCCCAGCUUUUCCUUGCCCAGUGGAUCCGCACCUGCUCAGGCCACUCCCUCGGUCAGGCUGGGUGCUGGAGGAGCAUCUCCGACGUUCAAAUUCUUGUCGGAUGCGGCUGCCGCCCCGACGGCGGACGUGAAUGAUAUGCGCGGCUACCAGGGCCUUAUCAGUGCUGGGGUUGACACACCGACCACAGCGACUACGAGCGCCUAG